AUGUUUAAGGCCUUUGGGUCUAAGAAGGAGAAGUUCGAGUUCCGGUUUAGGUUUCAUGCUACUCGGGUGCCCGCAACGGGGUUCGACAGGCUGGUGGUGUCGCUGAUUCCGGUGGACACGGGGAAACUCGAGGGGCAGACGCCCAAGGGGGUGGUGAAGAAUGGCACGUGCACGUGGACCGAUACCGUCACCGAGGUCACCCGCCUCGCCAGGAACCCCAAAGGGAAAGGCUAUGAGCAGAAGGUGUACCGGCUUAUCGUGUCCACGGGCUCCACGCGAGGCGGCAUUCUGGGCGAGGCGACUCUGAACCUUGCGGACUUUGCCGGCUUUAACCAGCUCGACCAGCGGGCCUUGCCGCUCAAGUACUGCCCCGCAGGCACUGUGCUGCAUGUGACCAUUCAAUGCUCGUCUCGUGAUCCCAGGGAGGGCGAGGAGUCGGACACGGGGCAGAGCGAGAACGAGGAGGAGCUCACGCCCAAGAAGCCAGCCGGCAAAGCGGCAGCUGCUGCUGCUGUAGGGGCAGGCGCAGGAACAGGCGCAGCAGCGGGCGCAAGGGGAGCAGGGGGGACAGCGGGCGGGGUGCAUGGAGCGGCGGCGGUGGGGCCGAAGCGGAUGAGCAAGAGCAAGUCGGACGCGAGCGACGUGCUGUCGAGCAUCGACCUGCCCAACACCGCCACGCCCACCAAGGGGCAGGUGAGUGCAGCACAGGGGUGGGUGGCAAGUGGAGGCAUCGACCUGCCCAACACCACCACGCCCACCAAGGGGCAGGACGACAACGACUCCGCAGAUGCCCUCUAUGAGCGCAACAGGGGCAGGGGCGCAGCAGCGCACGGGGGGGACGCGCAGGCGCGCGCGGGCGGCAAGGAGCAGCCUGCGGAGGCUGAGGGGUUGCGCCUCAGUGUGGACACGGACGGCGCGGGGGGCGGAGGCGGAGGCGGAGGGGGGAUUUUCUUCUGGCGGAAUAAGGAUGCUUCCCCGCGCCAUGCGUCCCCCCUGCGCGGACGGUUUGGGCGCGACCCUUCCCCCGCGCGCGUGCAUGCGCAGGUGGCGGAACCGAAGGAUGCGGGGAAGGAGAAGCAGCAUGGGGCGGGGGCCAUUCCGGACGCCUUGUCUCCUGGGCUCACCGCGUCCGUGGGAGCCACUGGAAUGGGGUAUACAGGGAUGGAGGGGAGCGAGUAUGGGGAGAGGACACCAGGGGAGAUGACUGGGGAGAAUGAGUAUAUAGAUGAGCUGCAGGAGCUGCAGUCGCCUGGCGGAAUGGGGUCUAUGGGCGGUGGCGGUGGUGGUGGUGGGGGGGGGGGUACUCCUAUGACUGGUAUGUCUCCCCGUGGAGCACUGGGAAGCUGGAGUAAAGGGCCGGGGGGAACGCCUCAAACCCCGGCUAGUAUGGUUGGUAGCACGGGCACGGUGCCUGGGACUGCUGGCACUGGCGCGGGGUAUAAACCCGCGUGGGCGGAGUCAGGCGGGGCGAGUGCGGCAGGCGGGGGGAUGGGCGCGGGGGGAGGUGGUCCGGGGGAGGGGCAUCUGGUUUCCCCGCCCUCGAGUAUGAACUCGUCGCCUGUGGCUACUCCGCAGCACCAGCACACGCGCCUGGCCUACCCUGAGUAUUAUCAAACGUUGGGUAGGGCAGGCAGCGGGGGAGGCGGCGGGAGUGCUGCUAGCGGCGCGGGCAGCACCGCUUAUGGGAACCACCACCAGGGGGGAGCGCGCGGAGGAGGGAUAGGGGGAGGCAGCGGAGGCGGGGGCAGCGCGGGCGCCAAGGGAAACGGCGCGCUGCCUUCGCCCAGCGCAGGCGCCAUGUCGCCCGUCCCUGCUGGCCCCAUCCCCGACGGGUUCAGCCCCUUAGGCUCCGUGGGAAGCUCUCUGACAAACCCUCUCGGGGCAGUGCACGGGCGCGGCGGAGGAGGCGCGGUCAUGCGGGACUAUCCGGGGGAGCUGGCGGCGGCGGAGGCGGCUAUAGAGGAGCUGCAGCGGGACUGCGUGAAAUACCAGCUGAACGCGCGGAAUCUCACCAGGGAGGUGGAGAGUCUGAGGAGCCAGCUGGCUGAGGCGAUCACGCAGGAUCAGAGGGCUGAUAUUGCGAUAGGGGAGUUGAAAGGGGAGAGGGAUCAGCUUCAGGAGGAGUUGAAUCAGCUGCGGAUGGGGCGGGCAGGGGGGGAAGUGGGCGGCGGGGGGAUGGGGGAGGGGAGCGAGUGGAGCAUGGGCGGGCCCGGGGGCAUGCACGGGGGGAUGGGGGGCGGCAGGGAGGUGGAAAUGCUGAUGGAAGAGGUGGAGUAUCUCAAGGGCACGGUUGAUAGCUUAUCAGCGCAGCUGGAGGUGUUUCAGCGGGACAACGUGGAGCUGUCUAAGUCGCUAGAGGAGGCGGAGAGAGAGGCGGGGAAGUACAGGCGGGACGCGGAAGAGCUGUUCGAGGAUAGGCGGGAGGCGCAAGCCGUGGCGAAGCGGUUGCAGAAGCAGAUGGAGGAGAAGGAGGCGGAGUGGGGGAGGCGCCUGGCGGAGCUCGCGCAGGGGAACGGUGGAAUGGACGGGUCGAUGGGGGUUUUGGACGGGAUGGGCGGGGUGGGGGGGAGUGUUCAGUCAUCGGUUAAGAGGAGUUUGUUCGGCGGGGCGGACAGGCGCGCGGGGCUGGUUCUGCAGGACCUGAGGGAUGAGUUGGAGCUCGCGACAGAGAGCGAGGGGGAGGUGAGGGGCGGGGGAUGCAGUAAACGGUACGCUGGGUAUGAUGGGCAGGAGAGCAGCGGGACGGCGGGCAUGCCUUGCGAUGAGAGCCUGCUGCUGGAGCUCCAGCAGAAGGUGGAAGAACUGGAGAAGGAAGCACAGGAGCUCACAGCAGAGAGUCUUGAGCUAGCUACGGAAUUGAACACGGCGAAUAAGGAGGCUGAGCAGAAGGAGGUGUUGAUCGAGCAGCUGAAGCAGGAGUUGGUCGCGGCGAGGGGUGGGAGAGGGCUUCCGGCGAGUAUAGCGCAGCUGCUACAGGCAAAACCCAAGCCGAAGCCGUACCAGCCUGUGCAGCUGCGGCAGCAGCGCCCGGCGCCGCCCCCGCCUCCUGCUCCCCCUGCCCCGUGCCUGUGUCCGAAAUGCUCUGAGCCUUCCGCCCCUGCGCUCUGCGCCAAAUGCACUCCCCCUCCCCCUCCCCCGCCCCCGCCUGUGACACCGACUCCGCCUCCGCCCCCGCCCCCUCCCCCUGCUGCUGUAGAGGAACCUACGAAACCAGAGGUCGCGGUGAGGGCUGUGAGCAGCGAGGGCGGAAGCAGCAUGGAGGAGGAAGAUGCGCGGAAGCUGCAGGCGCGCGUGCAGGAGCUGCUGGAGCAGCUGCGGGUGCAGCGGGGGGAGGCGCAGGCCGCCAAGGAGGAGGUGGUGCAGCUGCGCAGCAAGGUGCGCGUCACUGAAAUGGCGACUCAGAGAGCGAAUGACAGACUUAGCAUCUUAGAAGAGUAUGAACGGAGGGCUCGGGAGGUGGAGGCGGAGUUAGAAAGUACCAAGAAGCUGCUGGCGGCGGGGCGGCGGGCGAGGGAGGAGGCGGAGAGGAGGCAUGAGUUAGAGGUGGAGCAUUUGAAGGAGGCGCGGGCGGACGUGGAGAGUCAGCUGACGAGGUACGUGGAGGAGGUGGGGCGGCUGGAAAAGAAAUGUGCUGAUGAGGGUCAGGCAGGGAAGGAGUUGAGUGAGAGGUUGGCUGAGGUGCUGGAGAAUGGGGUUGGUGGGAUUGAUUUGGAGGAUUCUGCGAGUCUGGCUGCGAGGGCUGAGGGGCUGGAUGCUGCUGGGAAGGUGGCGCUGCUUGCUGAGGUGGCGUCUAAGUGGCGCGCGCGCGCCGCUGAGCUGGCGAAGGAGAAGGAGAAGCUGCGGGAGGAGAAAGGUGACGUGGAGGGGAAAAUGGAGGAGCUGGAGAAGGGGAUGGGGUCGUGGAGGAGCGAUAGGGCGGGGCUGGAGAAGCAGGUGCGGCUGCUGGAUGAGGGGAAGAGAUUGGCGGAGUCCCGGGUUCAAGAGGUGGAGUUGCAGCUGUCUGCCAUGCAGGAGCUUCUAGACGAUGCCAAGGCGGAUUCUGCUGCUGCUGUGAGGCGCAGCAACGGUGGUAUGAGCGCCAGUGAGGUGGAGGAGAUGAGGGAGAGCAAUCAGAAGGCGAGGAGGCGGAUAGUGGAGCUUGAGGGGCAGGUGAAGGCGCUAGAGACAAGGCUGGCCGAGUGGGAGGUGAGGGAGUUGUCUGGUUUGGGCGGAGGGGAUCGGCGCGGGAAGAGCAAGGAGCUGGAGGAGGCUCGGAAGAGGAUUGCCGAGCUUGAGGCCGAGGUUCGGAAGGUGGCUGGGGAGUCAGGGGCGGGGAAGAGGGAGGUGGAGAUGAGGGUGUUGCGGCUGGAAGGGGCGUGUGGGAAGCUAGAAGCGGAACUACAGGAGGCGAAUACGGGGAAGAGGAGGGCAGAGGAGAGGGUAGCAGAGGUGCAGGCUCAACUGGUGGUGGUGACAACUGAGGCCAAGGCAGAGGCAGGGAGAGCGAAGGAGCUUGAGGGGCGGCUGCAGCAUGCGGAGGCGAGAGAAGGGGAGUUGAUGAGCGAGGUGCAGGGUCUUGAGGGGCGGUUGAAAGAGAUGGAGAGGGAGAAGGAGCGGUUUAGUCGGGUGCUGGGGCAGGAGGAGGCGAAACGGGAGGCGGCAGAGGCGAGGGCGGCAGCAGGGGAGGCGGCGGGGGAGAGGGUGAGGGAGCAGCUGGGGAGGGACCUGGCAAGGAUGAAAGAGGUGGAAUCGAAGCUGACAGUGCGGUUGCAAGGGGUGGAGAGGGAUAGAGACGAGGCAAAGACGAGGGCGGGCAAGGCGGAGGAGGGGCAGAGGCGGGAGAAGGAGGAGCGGCAGGCGGCUGUAGCGCGGUUACAGGCGGAGGUGCAGCUGCUGACAGAGCAGCUAUCCGCGUCUGUGAGCGCGAGUGGUAACCUGAGAAGGGAGAACACGAGUGCGGUGGAAGCAGCAGAGCUGAGAGCAGCCAAGGGUAAGUUGGAGGAUCGGUUGAGGCGGGCGGAAGCUGAGCUGAGGGAUGCGAUAGCUGAGAGGAACAAGGCGGAGCUUGAAGUGGAGAGCCAGCGGCGGGCUGUGGCUGCUGAGAAGGCUGCAGCGCGGAGCAAGGAAGCGGCGUGGGUGGUUGAGGCUGAGGGGCUGAAGAGGAAAGCAGCAGAGGCGGGAGAGGUGGUAGUGAAGCUGAGGGGGGUUGAGGAGGAGCGGGACGAGCUGAUUCGGCAGCUUGGGGAGGCGGAGGCGGGUAUGAAGCGGUUGGAAGCGGUGAGGGAGGAGCUGGAGGGGGAGAAGCGGGCGCUGGUGGCCCAGCAGGGGAGCAUGGCUGCGAAAGUGAAGGAGUGUGAGCGGGUGAAGAGCGAUUUGGUGGCAUUGCGGACGGAGAAACAGGUGCUAGAGGAGAGGAGGCUGACUCUGUCGCUUAAACUGGCCAAGAUGGAAGAGGGGUUGAGUGAGCUGGAGGAUUUGCGGGCCAAGCAUGUGGUGCUGGAGGGGGAGGUGGGGGAAUUGGCGGCUAAGGCGGGGGAGGUGGUGGGGUUGAGAGAGGAGAAGAAGCGGUUGGAAGGGGUGGUGAGGGAUUUGGAGGAGAGAGUGGAGCAACUGGCGAGUGUGUCUGGGGGUGCUGGGUCUGUAGGUGGUGGGGGGAGUGUGGGGGGGGCGGGGGCAGCGGUUGCAAGUGCAUUGGCCGAGGAGGUGCGGCAGCUGAAGCAGCAGAAUGGAGAGCUUAAAAAGCAGUUGGCGGAGGUGAAAGGAGAGGGGGAUGGGGGGAUGGGUGUGGGCACUGUGGGUAUGGGCGCUGGUAGUGCAAUGAAAGGAAGGCCAAUGGGGGGAGGCGGAGGGGGGAUGAUGGGCGGAGGAGGGGGCGGAGCAUUCGCCCGCGGGGGGCGGGCGGGGGGGAUAAUGUCGGCGCGGGGGGGAGGGGAGGGCGGGGCGGAGAGACAGGUGGAGGAGCUGAGGAAGCGGACGAUGGCUCUGGAGGGGGAGCUGCAGCGCAAGGCAGAGGCGCUGGCUGCUGCUGAGCGGCAGCUGGAGGCCGCCAGGCAGGCUGCAUCUGGGGGAGGUGGCGGGAUGGAGAGCCAAGUGGGCAAGCUUGAGGACCAAGUGCGAUCUCUUGAGCAGUCUCUGGAGAGCAGCCGAGCCACAGCAGAGGCGAGGGAGCGCAGCCUGACAGAGCGGCUGGAGCAGCUGGAGGCAGCGAACGAGCUGCUGGGGAGUAAAGGAGACAACACCACUGCCAGGCUGAACCAGGAGUUGCGCAAGGCGCAGCAGCAGGUGGGGGAGGCACGCGUGAGGGAGGCGGAACUGCGGUGUGCACUGUCAGCACUCAAGGGGUCUGGCACAGAGGCACACACACAGGAGGAUCCUCGCAAGGCGGCGGCGCAACGCACGGCGAGUGGGGUGGCGGAGAGAAUGGCGAUUCUGGAAACGGAGCUGGCAGAGGCGCUGGAGGCCAACAACAGUUACAAGGAGCAGCUCAAGCGUGCACUGGCAAGUGCAGGAGCAGCAGACAGCAGUGCAGCUCAGCAGUCGCACGAGGGUGAGCUAACAGCAAGGCUUGCUGACAUGGCAGCACAGCUGGAGGAGUCCAAGCGGGCAGCGCAGGUAGCAGAGGGUGAGCUGGCGCGACUGAGGGCGGAGCACGAGGCAGUUGCUGCCAGGCUGGCACAAGCUGACGUGGACAAGAAGGGGGAGAGAAGGGCUAGGGGAGACGUUGAGCGAAAAGCUGAGAAGAAGGAUGAGAAGAAGAGGGAGGAGAAGAAAGAGGAGAAGAAGGAGGAGAAGCGGAGGGAGGAGAGGCGGCUGGGGUCAAGGCCUGCCAGUCCAAGAAGCAAGGUGGGGGGGAUUACCAACAGCACAGCCAAUCCUGCCAGUGCGAGUGCGCCCAGGCUGGGCAGAAGCAGCAGCUCCCGAGGCAUGGGCAUGGUCUAG